AGAAGAUCGAAGGAGAUAACUCUAGAUUCUAUGCGUGAGGCUCAUCCACAUCCUAAACAUUGCUGGACUUCCGUUGAUGUGUAAACGGUGAUUGAGUGAUUUCCUGUGAUCUCAGAAAAGGGUGACAGUCAUUUCAUAUCUCGGUGCAGUUGAUGCACUUGAUGAAUAAUUAUCUAUCACUCCAAGUGACAAGUGGCUGCAGUCAUGUAUGAGGUCAUUGUCCUGAAAGAAGGCUACAACCAUCCGGAGACACAAGGUACCACGAGAGCCGGUGCCACUGUCACUCUCCUCAAAGGUCCCAGCAAUAUCAUUGUGGACACUGGCAGCCCUUGGGACAAAGAUGUUGUUCUCAAAGGUCUGGCGGGGCAUAACCUGAAGCCGGAGGACAUCCAGUACGUGGUCUGCUCCCACGGCCACAGCGACCACGUGGGCAACCUGAACCUGUUCACACAGGCGCUGUUUGUGGUGGGCUACGACAUCUGUCGGGGGGACCAGUACCUGCUGCAUGAUUUCAAGGAGGGCAUUCCGUACGAGAUUGACGAGGACGUGGAGGUCUGGCCGACCCCCGGUCACACCGGCAACGACGUCUCUGUGGUGGUCAAGAACACAAACCUGGGCACCGUUGCUGUCGUUGGUGACCUUUUUGAGUGUGAGGCUGACCUGGACUGUCCGAGCCUGUGGCAAGACCACAGCGAGAAUCCGUACCUGCAGGAGAAAUGUCGCAUCAACAUCCUCCGAGAGGCCGACUAUAUUGUGCCGGGCCAUGGAGCUAUGUUUCACGUCCCGAAAGAGAGCAAGAAACAGCUUCGAGUUGUCAUGUUGAGUGAGGAAUUCUUCAGCUGUGGGGAGACUGUGUCUGCGACCAAGUCAGAGUGUAUCAUUGUGGAGACAGAUUAAACGACGCGCUGGACACAAAGAAUCGGGGAGAGGGACAGAUAGAGAGAAUAGAGGAAAAGGACAGACAGACGAAACACCUGGCUGAUGCACAGAAUAGGGGAAAGGAACAGACAGACUUAAACACCUGGCUGACGCACAGAAUAAGGGAAAGUGAUGGACAAUCUAGAGUGCUGAUUGACACACAGAACAGAGGAAAGUGACAGAGGAUGCAUAGUGAGCAAGUCCAGAUGGCAAGGGGCCACCGUAUUGCUUGAGGAACACAUAAUGAAAGUUUCAUCUUAUCAUCAAGACUUAAUGGUGGGUAAUUGUGACUGACGCACAUCUUAAUAUGAACAAUAUAUUUAUGUGCUUAAAGAUGGUCUGUAUUAAAGAAGCUUUCAGUGCUUAUGCCUUGUGCUCACUGCAGAAAUGUUUCUCCAUUCCCCUUUUGACAAUAGCUGAUCCUUUCAAAGGUGGCCAUUGAAAGACUUCACAUGCUCUAGUCUAAUCAUACAGAUCAGGUCCAUUUGACCAAUGAGCACACCUUCUUAAUAAAACAGACCUCACAUAGGUAUCAGGUUUAGGAAAUAAAUGUAUGCAGACAUAUCAGGCGUCAGUGGUUUCCUUGCAGGAUUCUGUUUUUUUAUUCCUGAUUUGAUAUUGAAUGAGAAAUGUAUUAUAAAUAUGCUCAAUUCAUCACAUCACAUUGCAUCAUUUGGAUUAUAAAUGAAGUAAGCCAUUAAGAGACUCCCAGUAUUUGGCUUUCAUUUCUGAUGUGAUAUUUGUAGUUGAAAAAUGCAUCAUCAGCUCAAAGGUUUUGAUCUUGUGAAUUUUUUUUGGCUUUUUAGCGAGUGUCGUGAUUUGAUCUCAGCCUUGUGAUCUAAUUGGAUGUGAAUGUUAAUUACAGUAUAAUCCACUUAUAUCGACAUGCUUUGGGAAGUGGAUUUGAUGUCGAUAUAUAAAUGUUUAUAAAUGAAAAUGUACAGCCAAA